CUCUCAUCCACUUCUCUCACCUCCUUCUCCUCAGGAAUCAGGUGCACCUGUGACCCCGAGCCAUGUCCUGCUGCAAGCCCUGCGACCCUUGCUGCCAGCCCUGCGGCCCCUGCCCGCUGGGCAGCAGCUGCAAUGAGUGCUGUGUCAGGCAGUGCCAGGAUUCCCACGUGGCCAUCCAGCCCUCGGCUGUUGUGGUGACCCUGCCCGGCCCCAUCCUCAGCUCCUUCCCACAGAACACCGCCGUGGGAUCCUCCACCUCCGCUGCCGUUGGCAGCAUCCUCAGCUGUGGUGGCGUGCCCAUCAACUCUGGGGGCUUUGACAUCUCCUGCAUCACCAACUGCUAUGGUGGCAGCAGAUGUCGUCCCUGCUAAUUCUGCUGGCAACACCCUUGGGCAAGAACUUUCACAACCUUAGGACUUGGUUCUGAACAGGACAUAGAGCUUUGGGACAUUGUAAUUAGAGUUUCCAGCCAUUGUUCUCUCCUUCUCUCCUUUUGCUCCUUCUUUUGCUGUCCAUGUCUUCUGAAGCCAGUUCAGUGGACCCCUGUUUCUCUCCCUUCCCUCUGCAGGCCAAGCAGAGGGACAGCCCCACUGCAUCUCAGUGGCUCCUCCUGGUGCCCUCUCUGAGCCACUCUGAGUAUUUUUUUCCUCUACACUCAAUAAAGCUG